AUGGAUGAAAAGGUGGAACCACAGCACACAUUUUUCAACAACGUGUCCAUGGACAUUCUUGGGGAUGAUGUGUGGGAGUAUAAUGCCCCACAGUAUGUUGAUUUUGCAGCCGGUGAAGAUGAUCCCAAUGCAGACGCAUGGUUUGAUCAGCAAAAUGAACAAGGCAAGAAACCAACACUUAAAGAGGAUGUUUGUGCCACACCCCCUGUUGAGAAUCGCAGAUUAACAAGAUCCAUGUGUGCCACUCCUCAAAAUGAAAAUAACUUACCAGAAGCAACAGAAAAGAAAAAUACACCAGCCAAAAAGUUAGAUACUCCAUCAAGGAUUAUUGUUACAAAAACUGGUGCAUCAAAAACCACAGACAAUAACAGUGAUGGAUUGAAAACCACAGACAAUAACAAAAAAAAACCUGCCAUGCCACUAAAACAAGCACCAGAGUCCAAGACCACACCAGACACAAGGGGAAGAUCACGAUCACUCAAGCGAACCAAUUCAAUGAGAGUGGUCAAUCCCAUCGAGGCUCACAAGAGGAGAUCAGCUGAUCCAGUGCGGGUUCCCGUGGUGCCUCCAGCAGAAAAACCACUAGCAGAAAAGACAGUGUCUAAUCCUCUUAUCAACAAAGCUAAAGCAAUGAUCAGAAGGAGUGCUUCACGGGUACAGGAUGGUCCCAAGGAACCGCGAGAACGUACCCGUUCUAUUGAUGGCACUGUCCGUGCCAGAACACGUUCUACAACCCCCAGCGUUACCUGUAACAAUACCUCACAAAAUGAUGCUGCAGCACCCACCUCCAAGAUGCCAAAACUAACUGUACCCACAACUCCAACUUUCAUGAGGAGAAAGCCUAUUGGAAAGACUGAAAAAGCCAAAACUACUGAAGAGAAACAACUGGAAGAAAUUGCCAACAUUAAAGCGGAAUUCAACAAGAGGAAGAAAAUGACACAGAAAUCAUAUCAAACGGCCAUGAAGUCUACAGGUGUUGCACCUGUGCAUUCCAAGGUGGAACCCACAAAACCAGAGCCCAUCCACUUUGAGACUGACAGGCGCAUCAAAUCUCACCCCACCCACAACAACAGUGCUGAUAAAAAGGUGGAUUUCGUCCGCAUUCUCAGGUCAAACUCCAGGGGAAGAUCACCAGCUCCUGCAGAAAGAUUGCCCACAAAACCCCAGCCAUUUAAGCUCUCUGAGGGAAGAAAAAGAAAAGCAGAGACUGAUUCAGAAACUUAUAAAACUAUGGCAGAACAGCUGGUUACCUUCCAUAAACAAACGCCUGAUAGAUUUCAUUCUCACUCCAAAAAAGUUCCAGAGAGAACAAAGAGUCUCCAUUGUCGUUCUCCUGUGUCUGGACUUACUGUGCCAAAAACCCCUAACUUUGAGUCUACAACCCGCUCUCGUCCUGUACAUGUACCCAGUCAGAGGGACCUAGAGGAAAAAGAGAUCGAGGAAAUGAAAAACGUAACACAGAAUUUACACUGUCAUGACUUUUUGCAUUCUGGUGUGAAAAAGGUGGUUCCAAAGCCUGUUACCAAGUUUGAGGAGUUUGAAUUUGAAGGGGGCAGAAGACCUCACAACAACAGCAUGAAAAGAGACAAAGAGGAGAAAUACGAAUUCCACGCUCAGCCUGCUCCAAAGAAAAUCUUAGAGGGGCCGGUGGGAAUCAAGCCAGUGUCUAAGGUGAUGAAAGGUCAUGCAGUGCCUCAUGCUGGAGUCCCUUUCCAGCCAAUACUGAAUCAUAAAAGUACAAUUCCUGAACCAUUCACUUUUGAUGAAAGGGACAAACUUGCCGUGGCAAAAAAGCAAGAGAAAAUAGAAGAAAUUUAUGAGGAGGAGAGGAAGAUGAGAGAAUUCCAUGCCCAGCCUUUACCUGUGGGAGAGGAUGCACUGCCUCUCAAGAAAACCAAACCAGCAACCAUCCCAGAACCAUUCCACCUGGAGGCUGACGAGAGAGGAGCCAAGAGACUGCAAGAAUUCAGUCAUAAGGUUGAAGAAGAAAACAAGCAGUUAAAGGCACAAGCCAAAUUUAAAGCCCACCCUGCCAAAGUAGUGCACAAAGAACCAUUCUGUCCACAAAAAUCUACCAAGCCUCUCACAGAUAUCAGUGGAUUUGAACUUAACACAGAACACAGGUCUCAAAAAAGAGAAAAUUUCGAAAUGUAUAAAAAGGCUAGAGAAGCACAACUUGAAGCAGCCAAGCGCGAGAUAGAGCGCCAAAAAGAGGAAGAAGAAAAGGCUGCCGUCGCUAAGAUGAGGGCAGAGGCCGUUCACAAAUCACAGCGAAUCAAACGAUACAAGUCAGUGGAGGUGCUACCAAGUGAUAGGCCUAUAACAAUAGCCGAGUCACCAAACUUUGAAACAGACCGUAGACUAAGGAGCAAAGUUGAUAGCCUCUCUCACAGCAAGUUUUGAUGGUUGAAAGGGUUCAUGUAAUUGUUGACUUAAUACAAUAUAUGUCCUGUAUGAUCCUCUCAAAAAUAGUAACAUAUUUGUUUGAAUUUUGAAUUGUUAUAAAAAAAAAAAUUCUCCAUACCUUAUGGUGUGUCAGAAAAUUUACUGUUUUAUUUCAUACACUGGAUUUUUAUCAUACUGUUUUUAAUUCAGGGAAAUAGUUUUUAACAUGUAAUUGACAAAAUGUUUGAAAGAUCUUAAUGCCAGUAUUAUUUGGUGAAGGCCUUCAUACUGUAAACUUGUGAUAAGCUAUAAAAUCUCUCCAUCCUGGUAAGAAAAAGCUUUCUCUCUCUCUUCUGUCUUUCUUACAAUCAUGUCUUACAGACAACUGCAGCUUGCCAGUCCAUUGUAAAACAGACAUGGCAAAAUACACUGUCCAAACUGUGCCUGUAAACUGUAUUAAUAUAUGUGCCCACAAAGCUAUGUAUCACAAAUGUUUUUCUAUUUUUUUUCUCCUUGUGAACUUCUAAGACUUGUUAAUUUCUAAUAGCUGUUUUUUAUCACGUUAAUUGUAUUUAUAAUAUUAUGUACAUGUAUCAUAUGCACAUACUAUAUUAUAAUUAUUCCUGGGGUUUUGUGUAUGAAAUGUCUUACAUUUUAUUUUAUUAUAUAAUGCUAGGAGCAUCUGGUAACAUGGUAAAGUGCCCCUGCACCAAGUGGAAGAAACAAUCCUAGAUAAUAUAUUUAGGGGUUACUUUCGACCAUAUUUUCAAUGCAUAGAAAAACAGAUGUUUCUCACUCUUUUAUGUUGAUUUUAUACAGUACUUGGUAAGAUGUCCCAAAUUAAGCUUCGGAUCUAAUAUGUUUGGAUGUCUAAGAUCUAUGGGGCAUCAUUAAUUUUUCUAUGUUUCUUAAUUUGUAUUUUCAUUUUUUAUUUACAUGUAUGUGCAUGAGAAACACACAUGCAAAUGAAUUACACAAUGUAUUUUUUAACAUUACAUGUAUCAUUCAUACUGUUGUAGAUUGAUAUUGUAGUUGUGAAAAUAAUACAUGAUUAUUGAAUAAAUGAGUGAAUAGAUA